CAGAGCGCCUCGAACCCUGGGCCUCUCGUUACGCCCAGCAGGGGCGUGGCCGGGGCGUGGCCUUGAUCCUUUUCUCCACUGCCCGCCCGCGCGCCCUGGUGUCCCGCGCUGUCCGCCUCCGUAGCCCGAGCUCACUCGGAACCGCUCGCCGCGAUGGAGCCCGCCGCCGAGAUCCUGGUGGACAGCCCGGACGUAGUCUACAGCGCCGAGGCCAUCGAGGCUCGCUAUGAGUACCGGACGACGCGCGUCAGCCGCGAGGGCGGCGUGCUGCGGGUGCAGCCCACUGCUACUCGCUUCACCUUCCGCACAGCCCGGCAGGUGCCCCGGCUCGGGGUCAUGCUUGUAGGCUGGGGUGGGAACAACGGUUCCACGCUCACCGCGGCCGUGCUGGCCAACCGGCUGCGUCUGACCUGGCCCACGCGCACUGGUCGCAAGGAAGCAAACUAUUACGGCUCGUUGACCCAGGCGGGCACCGUGAACCUGGGUCUAGAUGGGAACGGCCGGGAGGUGUUCGUGCCCUUCAGCGCGCUUCUACCCAUGGUGGCCCCCAACGACCUGGUGUUUGACGGCUGGGAUAUCUCGUCACUAAACCUGGCCGAGGCGAUGCGGCGCGCACAGGUCCUGAACUGCAGCCUGCAAGAGCAGCUGUGGCCCCACAUGGAGAACCUGCGUCCCCGGCCCUCUGUCUACAUUCCUGAGUUCAUCGCUGCCAACCAGACAGCACGUGCAGACAACCUCAUCCCUGGCACUCGUGCACAACAGUUGGAGCAGAUCCGAAAGGACAUUCGAGACUUCCGAUCCAGCGCAGGAUUGGACAAGGUCAUCGUGCUGUGGACCGCCAAUACGGAGCGUUUCUGCGAGGUGGUCCCAGGUCGUAAUGACACAGCUGAAAACUUGCUGCGUACUAUCCAGCUUGGCCUGGAGGUGUCACCAUCCACACUCUUUGCCGUGGCCAGCAUCCUGGAGGGCUGCGCCUUUCUCAACGGGUCCCCACAGAACACACUGGUACCUGGUGCCCUGGAGCUGGCUUUCCAGCGCCAUGUGUUCGUGGGUGGGGAUGAUUUCAAGUCUGGUCAGACGAAGGUCAAGUCUGUUCUAGUGGACUUCCUCAUCGGCUCUGGCCUGAAGACCAUGUCCAUUGUGAGCUAUAACCACUUGGGCAACAACGAUGGGCAGAACCUGUCUGCACCACUGCAGUUCCGCUCCAAGGAGGUGACAAAGAGCAGCGUGGUGGACGACAUGGUUCAGAGCAACAGUGUCCUCUACGCACCAGGAGAGGAGCCAGAUCACUGUGUGGUGAUCAAGUAUGUGCCCUAUGUGGGGGACAGCAAGCGUGCCCUGGACGAGUACACCUCAGAGCUGAUGCUGGGUGGAACCAACACCCUGGUGCUCCACAACACCUGUGAGGACUCGCUCUUGGCGGCGCCCAUCAUGCUAGACCUAGUACUGCUCACAGAGCUCUGUCAGCGAGUGAGCUUCUGCACCGACUCGGACCCUGAGCCUCAGGGCUUCCACCCGGUGCUGUCGCUGCUCAGCUUCCUCUUUAAGGCCCCACUUGUGCCUCCUGGCAGCCCAGUGGUGAAUGCACUCUUCCGCCAGCGCAGCUGUAUCGAGAACAUUCUCAGGGCCUGUGUGGGGCUCCCGCCCCAGAACCACAUGCUUUUAGAGCACAAGAUGGAGCGCUCAGGCCUAGGCAUCAAGCCAGGAGAGAUGGUGGCCACCAGCCCGCUGUCACAUAAGAAAGAGUCCACACCUGCUGCCACCAAUGGCUGUACCGGCGAUGCCAAUGGGCACACGCAGGCACCAACACCAGAGGUGUCCACUGCUUAAAUCAAGUAAUCCUUUCAUCCAACCCUCUCAUCAUUGUCCCUAGGACCUUGCCAACAAAAUAAAGGGUCCCCAUCAGGCAAGCGUCCUUGUGGCUUUUUA